GCACAUGAAGGUGAUUUUGUUAACAGAAAAUCCUUUCAUAGUAUCAAUGUUCAGGUAAGAGUGGGUUAUGAUUAGACCUACUAUCAACUACAUACAUUUAUUAUGUGCAUUAAAUGACCUCAACACUUAUUGCUUCAGAUGAUCUGUGAUGCUGACUGCAUCUUCAGCAAUAUCGAGGCAAAGUGGCCUGGCUCAGUCCAUGACUCCCGAGUCUUUCGGGCCUCUGCAAUUAACCAGCGACUAUCACAAGGUGAAUUCUCUGGUGUGCUGCUGGGAGACAAGGGUUAUGCCUGUCAGACAUUUUUACUUACACCCUUUGCAGACCCCCAGACAGCAGCACAACGCACAUAUAAUCUUGGCCAUGCAAGAACAAGGGCCCGAAUAGAAAUGGCAUUUGGCCUUCUUAAGUCCUGUUUCCAGUGCCUUCACCACCUGAGGGUCACCCCAGACAGGGCCUGUGAUAUCACUGUUGCAGGCGCUGUCCUUCACAACAUUGCCUGUCUCAGGAAGGAAAGGGCUCCUAGAGUGGCCUUGGAGAUGGACUGGGACAAUCCGGCAAUAUUUCCAGAUAAUGUCAAUGGCAGACUGAUCAGAGACCAAUACGUUGUUAACUAUUUCAGUUGA